GGCUGGGUAGUACGUAAUUGGAAAGUUGUUUUCGUGGCAUGGAUACUUCAGAUAGUAAAGGGUCACAUUAAUUGUAUAGUUGGGACCGUGUUCCCCUUUGAUGACCCCUUUCUGCAAGCAUACCUGCGAAGAACUGAUUACAACUAAGUGCUAGCAAUUUCGCAUUGAAACAGGAUUCGCGUCUAUUUCAAAACAAGAUUCAAAAUUGACUGGUCUUGAUCGAAAGCUUCCGCGGAACUCGUGAUUCGGUUUCGGCGAUUUAUGUACGCAGGUGGAGGAGUGACAAAGACUCUGGGCAAGCAGAGCAUCGCUUCGGAAUGACAUCCAAGACCCGUUCACGGGUUCCGCUUUCGGCAUGAUGUCGCGGAAAGACGGUCUAUGCUAAUUUUCACGAAGCAGUAGUCGUGGAGUGGAGGUGGACCACGAGUGGAGGAUCUCAGGAUACCUCCCAGGUUGGUGGUCGUCGCUUUGCCGCGCGUGCUGGCGACCCUUACUUAAGCGUGAGUAGGCCCGAAGAUGCGGACUGUUACGUUGUGGCAAGAUCGGAUCCCCGAGAGGGACAAACAUCCAAACAGCAUAUGGGCGCUGUCUUUUAAGCCAGAUGGGAGUCAGAUUAUUUGUGCAGUCGGUAACCGGGUGUUGGUGUACGAUACCUGCGAUGGGGAUCUCAUUCAUAGUCUCAAUUAUGGCACUUUUUUGACUGUUAGUUUGAACUUGUCUUCAGCUCGACGCGAGGCUCAAGCAUGUACAGAGACCGACCUCGGCAUGUGCAGAGACCGACCCUGCUGAAUCGUGAAGUCCAAUGCUGGCGAUCAGUUGUUCAUGUCGUUACUUGUUGAGUACUAGAGGGAUGGCUAUUUUCACGCCUUCAGUUCUUCUAGUUCUAAUGUCGAGGCCACAAAGACGUAGUCUAUUGCGUCGCAUAUGCGAAAAACGGUAAAAAGUUUGCGAGUGGUGGCGCAGAUAAGCAAGUCAUCAUAUGGACGCAUAAAGCAGAAGGUAAGCAUAUGAUGAUGCAUCAAGGAUAGACAUGUUUUUUGUUCUACUGAAAGUGGAUGCUGCUUGCGUUGAUUGUUGAGUCCGCAGUUCAUUUGUGAUAACACCGCGAUGAACUUUUCCUUCGACUUCUGAUGUUUUUCACGAAAUUUCCAGCUUAUACUUUUUAUCGAAUGCAGGUAUCCUGAAAUACAAUCAUAAUGACGCCAUUCAAUGCCUCUCGUACAACCCGAUCACGCAGCAGCUUGCAUCGGGCACGGCGACAGAUUUUGGGCUGUGGUCACCGGAGCAGAAGUCGGUAGUUUUUGCUUAUCUAUAGUGCUCAGUCCAACAGAGGAUCUAAGUACGUAAUUUCAUCUUAAUUUUCUUGUUGUCGUAUCAUGAUUUGUCGGGGUACGCAAGAAACCGCAAUGCCAUUCAAUACUGAUGAAGCAAGUAAUCAUCUCUUCAGGUUAGCAAACACAAAGUACGUAGUAAGAUUUUGUGUAUGGCAUGGACGUCGGACGGUCUGCAUCUCGCUCUCGGUUUUUUCGAUGGGCAUAUACACCUAUGCGACAAAGCUGGCGCAGAGAAAGUUGUCAUAAUUAUGCAAGACCAUGGGCAACUACAAGUAGCUGUCAGCCACUGGCUUCAGGAUGGAUAGGACGUUGAUAGACAACAGAGAAGGUUCCAACCUACGAGACUUGUUUGCUCUGGGUCGCAAGAGGAUCAUCCACGCUUCUCAGUAGACACCGGUUUUUAGCUAGUACUUUAUCAGCGUCCACCACCAACUCUAUGCAUGGGAAACGACCUUCUAUCGUCUAAUCACUCCCGCAACGCUCCUGUUUGGACAUUGCAAUGGAGCAGUUCUGUUUCCGGUCGCAAUGGGGCUGAUGGUGGCGUCGACGUGCUGGUGGCUGGAUGUUGGGACCAAACCUUGGGUUUCUACAAAAUUGGCGGCCAAGAGCACCUGCCCGAACGCAAGUUAGGUUACGAUCCAACCAGCAUAGCGUUCCUGGGGAACGGCGAGUACUUUGUUGUCACGGGCAGCAGCGGAAAGAUUCAACUCUUUACAAGGGACGGAGUCUUUCUGGGCGAUUUGGUCAAUCCGAACGCAACGGAGAAAAAUGUACUUCAAUGUUGGAGAUGGAAACUCCUCUGGCAGUCGUUUUCAGUUUUCGUGUUUGCUUGCCGUCUAUGCAUUUGUUUUGGCAAUCUACAGUGGACGCCUUUGAUUUAGAUGGAGCAUAGGAGGAUUCUUAUAACAGUCAUCACGUGAUACACCCAAUAUGUUCAUAAUCAGGUACUGGAUGCCUCAAAAGCUGGCGGCUCGGGCGAAGGCGAGGAGGGUGCACCGGACCCAGCAAAUUGGAGUUGGGCUCUGGCGGUAAAGCCGAAGACAACGAGCUCCUUUACCCAUAACUUUAACAAUGGGUUUAAUAUCGUGCACGCGACGAACAGUGGGAACAUCACCAUGCACCAGUUAGUCCUGAGCACUAUUCACGGGUUGUACCAGGAACGCUACGCUUUCCGUGAGAUCUUGACUGAUGUGAUCAUACAACACCUUGUCACUUCUCAGAAAGUGCGGAUACGCUGUCGAGAGCACGUGAAGAAAAUCGCGCUUUACAACGACCGACUCUUAUGGGGGAGGAUUGAUGAAUGAGCGAACACUUUUAGAAAGAUUAUACAUUUUGAUAGCUAUCUGCCCGAAUCGUGCACCUGGAUACUACUAACUUGGAACUAGUCCUCUUUAUUCUACCUGCUCGACCACUUUUCAUAAACUGCAGUGCAGCUUCCAGAUCGCGUGCUGAUUUACGAGGCCGGGACGAAUCAAGAUCCAGCUGACAUGCACUACAAGAACAUCGAGAAGAUAAAACAGCGGUUCGAGUGCUCCCUUCUAGUUGUAACCAAAGCUCACAUAGUCCUCUGCCACGAACGCACGUUGCAGCUCAUAGGCUUCACCGGCGUCCUCGAGCGGGAGUGGACACUCGAGGCAUUGAUCCGGUAUAUCAAGGUGAUUGGUGGCCCACCGCGCAAGGAAGGGAUUCUAGUCGGGUUGAAGAGCGGACACGUGCUAAAAAUUUUCAUAGAUAACCCGUUUCCGGUAUGCUUGGUGAAGCAAGCGACCGCAGUGCGGUGUCUCGAUCUGAAUUGUACACGGCAAAAGCUAGCAGUAGUGGACGAACAAUCGAACUUGUUGGUGUACGACGUGUCCAAAACAAGCGCGCAUGCUCUGAAAAAUAUUCAAGCGACGAGUGGCGGGGGCGAUGAGUAGGAUUAUGUCAUGUUGCUGGUUGUAUAAAGUAAAACUUCAGGAAUAGGCCAAGCUUAUUUUAUAUGGGGCAGUCGUCUUCAUCUCGUGUUCACACAGACAGAGCAAGGUCGUGCAAUCAAUCCUUAGAAUCCCAUCCACCACUAGGUCACCGAAUAGUGAAGCUUCGGAAUUGCUCUAUACUGAGCCACAUGCGAAUAGCGUUGCGUGGAAUACAGAAAUGGCGGACAUGUUGGCGUACUCAGGAUCCAACAACUUGUGUAUCAAAACGGGUUUCUUCCCACCGCACGUGCAGAAACUACCUGGAUUCGUGGUGGGGUUCAAGGGGAGCAAGAUAUUCUGCCUCCACUACGUUAGCAUGCAGACGGUGGAUGUGCCGCAAAGCGCGUCGCUUUAUCGCUACCUCGAGAAAAAACAGUUUGACACGGCGUAUAAAGUAGCGUGUCUUGGUACCGUGUAGCUAAUAUCAUUGGUUUUAUAUCGUAGUUGAAACCAGGUCCAGGACCGUUCUGACUCUCUCUCUCGAAACUUUGCCUUCAUUGCUACAGCGACGGUAUCUUUAUCUUACCCGAGCUUUCUAAGUAGAUGAUAACGCUGAUAAUGCAACGACCUUCAGGGGUAACCGAAUCAGACUGGCGCUCUUUUGCGCUCACGUGCUUGCAAAACUUAAAGUUCGAUCUGGCUCGAAAAGCAUUUAUUAGGAUACGGGAUGUGAAAUACAUCGACCUUCUAAACCGGCUGAAGGGCCUUCUCCCCAUCCGCUCCGAGGAAGACGAACACAUGCUGAACGGGCACAUUUGCGCAUUCCAGAACCAGUUCCAAGAGGCUGCAGAGCAUUACUUGAAAGCGCGACAACCGACAGUAGCGGUGGACAUGUUCACAGACCUCAGGAGAUGGGACGAUGCUAGGUAUCUAUAUUUUUUGCUGCACUCUAUAAUUUUUUCCUUCGAAUAGUGUUGUAGUACGGAGUUGUAAUUUUUUGAAUACCAGCCAAGCGUUUCUACAACGAACUGGAACGUCUUUCUGACACAUUGAUUCCCACGUCGCUUUGCCUUUGUCAGGUAUUAUGCCGAAAUAGUAGAAAAAGGAGGGGCAGCGAUGCCAGCAGUGGUGGUGGCAUCAUCGCCAGAGCACAUUAACGAUGACCCAUUGAAUAUGACAAUAACGGGAGACUCCGACGGCGCUCUAUCGGGUCGCAGCGGCAGAAGAAGUAAUGAAUGAAUUGCAAGUUGUUGUCAGGGAUUGACUUUUUCUACGUUUUUAGGCUGUCACCACCUUGAACGGAAUCACUCGCAAAUACAGCGGAAUGGAAACUUUGACUUUCUCAAAAAUGGCUGCCAGGUGGUGCCGGUUCUCCUUCGAGCCCUGGCCUAAUGCAACCCGAGGCGAGCGGUGUGAGCACGAAGCUAAUGCAACGACAGGCCGCAACAGCGGAGGAGGACGGCGAUUUGCGACAGGCCGGUGAGAUGUACGUCGAACUAGGCAAGUUCCGCCGAGCUGUCGAGAUUUUUUGUAAGAUUUCAUGCCUAGACGCGUUGAUUCAGACUGUACGGAAGCUUCUACCAGGGAAGAAUGUGAGCGAGCGGGAACACAAGGAGCUUCUGCUGUUAUCCAUCCGCUGUUUUCGAAAGGAAAAACACCACUCAUUCGCAAAAGAGGCAAUAUUGAAACUAGGAGAUAUACCGAUGCUCAUCGAGCUGCAUAUGAGCAAUCACAAAUGGGAGGAGGCUUUCAUGGUAUUCUUAAUGAUGUAGUAUUCAUGUAGCUGUCAACUGUACCCUCUUACGUGUCUCUGAGUAUCUAGUGCAUAAUACGUGCCUGAGGGAGCAAUAGAUGCAACUUUCAUUUCGCCCACCACACACUUCACCCACACACUUCGCCAGGUCUGCAGUGCCCAUCCCGAGCACAGCGCGUUGUUGUAUCUGCCCUACGCAGAGUGGCUUCGAGAGCAAGAUCAGUACGCUGAGGCAAUCGACAGUUAUCGAGAAGCCGGUAGGUGUGACAUGAGUCUUGCUAUGCUCGCUGAUCUGGCGGACAAUGCGGUCACCGAGAGACGGUAUAGGGAUGUCGCAACGUUGUACUACAAUUAUGGAAAAAACUAAGCGCCCACCUGCUUAGUUUCAGCCGAAAGCAGAGGAUUUUGGGUAGAUGCCAUAGUUGAGCUGCUCUGCUAUACGAUUUUCGUUUUCAUCUUCGCUCUAAUUCACAAUGGCCACCGAGGUACUUCUUUGGCGUGAUCUGUCAUCCGCACCUCCAUCGAGCAUAGCUCCAAGCGGUGCGGCAGCUGCCGGUGGAGGCGGAGGCCACGGAGAGGACUCCAGCAGUCGCUCAAGUUCCUCUACACCACCACCUGCACCAAACCCAGACGUCGCAGAGGCUUGUAGACGCAGCUAUAUUCGAAGAGCGGAGAUUUACUACCUGUAUUCACUAGUCUGGGAAUUUUCAGAGGCUCCAUUCACGACCAUGCUGCCGGAAAAUGUUUUCAAUGUUUGUGUCGCGCUCACAAACUUGUUAAUGGACGUCGAAGCGCAGAGACUAGUACCCGAAAAGCGACCACAAGAUCUACAUCUCGACGACGCGGACCUCAAACUGCUUGCAGGUUAUAAUGCUUUUUCGCAGGGGCCCUACCCAACGAGGAGUGACCUAGUACAAAGAAACUAAAAGUCUACAGUUUGUCAUCUCAACAUUUUCACAUUCAACACAGAUUUUCUACGUUCUCCUAGCUUUCCUCACUGAUUCCCCCAGGUGGCAGCGCAGGCGCUACUGCGGCUGCCCGUGCUGCAAAUCCUCAGCUGGCAGCAGGCAAUAAGCGUUUGCUGCUUUCUGAAGUCCCGCAGCAUGUGUCCCGCGUUCACCUGAUGUUCGUGCUAUCAAAGCAAGCACAAGUGUUAUGCCCAUUAUAGCUCGCUAGUUUUGGACGAAUGUACAACAAAUGAUGUACAACAAACAUUUGGCAGUCGCAAGCACUAAAUAUGUACUCAAUAAAUGCCUCUAGCUCUAUAUCCAAGUCAAGAAUAAUUAAGUACUUGCUUCGUUGCGGUUGAGGUUUUUUACUCCACGCCCGAACUACAUCUCUUUUCUAAUCUCGCUGAAGGCGUACAAGCUGGCGCGGACGUGCUUUGACCAGCUUCAUCUGAUGCGUGUAUCAAAUCCUCACUGGCAGCAGCAGAUUGACCUAGGCAGCCUCCUGAUCCGGAGUAAGCCGUUUUCAGACUCAGAAGACGUGCAGACAGUCUGUUAUCGAUGCAUGACCACGAACCCCAUGCUCCGGGCAGGGGAUGCUUGCAUCAGCUGCGGACACCCAUUCAUUCGCUGCUAUUUGAGUACAGAUUUUAUGUACAGGAUGUUGGGUCAAAAGUAGAUGUUUGAUGUCAGUAUUGCCCGCAAGAGAGUAAGAUUCCUCGAGCUACAAUGUAGAUCUAGACUUUGUGUCAGAAGCUUGCAAGCAUAGCGGGUCGUCACUCGUAUGCUAAAUUGAAUUUCAAUUUCUUUCUAGCUUAUCACAAGUGAUGUUCUCAUGUGAAACCUACUACAACAGCGCUGGAUGUGCUUCCUCUUGUGGAAUUUGCGCCCGAACCAUCGGUGUCGGUGGAGGAAGCUAGGCGAUUGAUUCAGCGGGGUGGGAAAGUAGGAAAGGGCGGCGAGCAAGGCGACGGCUGGCAAGAAGGGAUCACAAGUGGUGGCGCGAACACGUUGCAGCUAGGUGGUGGACCUACCGGAGGCGAUCAGCAGGACCUGUUUAUAUGAAAAUCGUUGCAAAGAAAUGUUCAUUCUCAACAACGUAUGAUCUCAUUCUGAUUAUCAGAGCACUACUUCAACAAUAAUCUCAGUAGUAUUCCGCUCUAAUUCGUGUACAGCGCAUGUUGGAAGCAGGAAACGUCUUCGUACCAGGCGACCCGUACCAACCUUUGCACGUCGACCGAGAUGUUUUGCAGGAUGUCGCUUCAGAGGAGGUCUUUGUUGUCGACUUGAGCCAUCAAGAGGCAGCUUCUUCUGCGGCUGGUAAACUUACGCAAGAGGACGCUAUGCAUAAUAGCAAGUGGAUUUUAUAAUUCAAGCUUUUCAGAAGAAGUGAAAGUGUGAGGUGGCAUUUAGCUUUGCGCACUUUACAACAUUAUCUCAGUUCAUUGAAGUUGUCCUGCUUAUCGCAACUUCUUCUAAUGUUUCUUUCGCUCCGGUCUCCCCGUCGUCGUCGAGCGAUUCCAUCGGGCCAAAGUUUUUCAAGAACGUAAUUCCGGAGAUGCCGAUCAGCAUGUGCCCGUCAUGCGGACACUUCUUCCAUUCGCAAGCGUGGGAGAAGGAAACCUUGGCCAAGGGGAAGUGUCCCUUCUGCGGUUUCUCGGUGGACAAAUUACCGACGAAAUUUCAACCCGGGCAAAACGAACGAAUAUUCCAAUUCAUAAGGAAUACGCCAGCAGAAAACACAGGCGGGCCAUUCUUGGAACCGGAUUAA